UAUAUACACACACCGAAUACCUGUGCGCGAUUAUUCUGCUCAAUUUUAUACACAGUCUGAGAUAUUAAUUAUACAAGUAUGAUUAAAAUAAUCGAAUCUUUUUGUUCAUUUUCUUUAAUUUAAGCUCUCAAAAUACAUCACAGCAAAAAAUAUUAAAUUAAAUAAAAUUUUGUGUGUGCGUAAUGAUGUAAUAGCAAUGUCUUUAAGUGGAACCUAUACAUGGAGUAGGGUCACAAUAAUAAUUGAGAAUAUAUUCGUGCGAUAUAAUCCUAGCACACAGUAGUUUGUGGACGUAGUUUAUGGACGGUUCGCACAGAAGGAACUACAAUGACUUCGCUGCAAAUUUUACAUUAUUAUAUUCUAUGUAUCAUAAUGGUUGUUACUGCACAAUAUAGGAGUGAUUCCGAAUAUAACGAUUUUGAUUUCUAUGAAGAUUUAUCGGCAGAUUCAGGAGGUUCUGUUAAAAAACACAGCAACGUUGGUCAAGAUGAUUUUUAUGUCGCAAAUGUUUUCGACGACACAGAAAACUGGCACGACGCGUAUCCCGACUCGAAUCUCCCUGUCUUUGGGAAUAAUAUCGAUUCCUUUAAGAAGAAGAAUCUGCUUCAAAAUAAGCAGUUUAACUGGUACAAAUUGCCUGAGAAAGUGUACAGAUACACUAAGCAUCGAAUUCCCGGAUACGAUUAUGAUGAAUUUGAUUAUAUACAUUCCAAAAGUUUUCACAAAUGCGAUGACAAAUCAAUCUGGACACAUUGUCUUUGUCAAUUUACGUGUUUGAAGCAAGAUGUAGUAGACUGUUACACACCGUGCAGAAGCGGAUGCGAGUGCAGAGAAGAAUACGUUUUCGACGAGAAAACGCAAAAAUGCCUAUUACCCGAACAAUGUUCGUCAGAAGACAAUUAUAAUUACCAAAUGUAA